AUGCCUCUCAUGCAUCUUGUUGUUUAUGUUGCUAAUUCAUUGAUGACGUCUGAAUUUGGAGAGAUGAGUAGUGAUGAAUUCAAAGAGAGCUAUCUUGCUCCAUUUGAUGAAGUACUUAAAGAUACGAACAUUAGCGACAACUUCUUAACCAAAAGAUAUAAAUAUCCAUUUGGGGAUGCUACUCAUGUGGAUGAUGAUAUCCAAGAGUACUUUAAUGAAAUAGCAAUCCCGAUCAGGGGACUUUAUCGUGAUGUUGGUGAUAUGGACAACUAA